AUGCCAGACCGUCCGUCACGAUUCAGACCGCCUAUCCAAGAUCUGGACGUGGUAGAUUCCGCUGGCCCGUUCUCCGGAUUACAUCGCGACGUGUCAAUCAGGGAACCGGGCAGGGAGCCAGCAAUCUUGCCCUCAGGAUCAUCUGCCGAGGCAGAAGUCAUCGGAACCAACUUGUGUGAGGAAGCUGCAGCUACCGACAAGCCGCUGGAUACCAACAUCGAAGAAGAUCGAUCUGUCUUGGUUGGUCUCGCGAAUGCGCCAUCUGUUUACGAGAUCCCACGUUCAUCACCACCAGACCUCCGUCUAGCCUCUGUUAGCGGCGGCACACAAGGACUUCGCAACGGGCUUUCGAGCACUCGGAAACGGCGUCUACCAGUACAUGAGCUCGCUUUGCUGCGGACUACUACACUGGAUGGACUACCCCUACCGGGUGAUGUUACUCUCGACGUUGCUGCUCCCAUUGCGGUCGUGGACCCUAUCGAAGAUAGCCAAAUACGUCUUACAAAUACGUUGCACAUCUCCACUUCAGGCGGCGUCAUCAUCACGAAGAGUAGGCUGAUACCGAAGACAACACAACCGCCAGAUUCUGUCGGCCGUCCCAAGACCGAACCAAUGGCAAUGCGCACAGAGCCCCUGGAGAGACCCACGCAACUACCUGCUAACAUGCAGCGAUAUUGUCCAAACCUUCGAGAUGCUUUUGACGGGUUUGUUGGUUCCGAGCUAAAGCUCGUUCCCAAGAAAAGUGUCAACCGCCAAAGGAUCGCCAAUCCGACCAAGAGACAGAAGCCCGGUAUCAAGCGCGAACUAGUUCUACGAGCUGGGUCACCACCUUUAUUGGCGGGUUGGGCUACGACUACCGCAAAUGCUUUAGUUGUCGGCAAAACACCUAUGAUCGUUGGUGCGAACACUUCGUCAAGACUUGAAAACGCCCAAACUCACGUAGGACUCGGACAACUGACAUUGACGAGAUGCCAGAACGUUCUACAGGCCGGCACAGAUGAUGGACAUGCCCCUGAACUGGGCGAUGAGACACUAUACGAGGAAGCUCACGAAGAAGAUCGUGACAACGAUGUUACUGCUGAGACUGGUCACUACCAGCUCAACCGAGUACCCACAUCUUGA